AUGAACAAGAAGUCGACGUUGAUCCACGUGCCGCUGGCGUUGGAGGAGCUGGUGAGGGGGCCGUGGGACCCCCAACGAGACACGUGGAGGAGGCAGCUCGACAUGGCUGCGCAGGUGGUGCAGCGAAGCGGCGGGGUAGUGUUUAUGGAGCAGCUGGCGCCGGUGCUCAACCCGCGCGAGGGCCCGCCUGAAUGGUAUCGAGAGAGCGCGACUGGUGGCGGCGGCAGAGGCGCCGCUGGCUACGGCAAGAACGGUGCCACCGAUGGUAUCAGCAUCGAGGCGGUGGGGGGCGAGGCGCUUGUGCUUCGGCUGCUGUUCGAGCUCAACGGCGCCCCAGAGGUAACAGAUGACGGUGACAUCCUGUACGUUUUCCCCGGGUUUGCGGCGAAGGGCGAGGCCUGCGAGGGCCGCGCCGCCGCGGGAGAGGCCCCGACGCUGGAAGCGUUCGAGGCGGAACAGCGGGGGGGGGGCGGGGAAGAAAAGGAGUUCACGGCGACUCCAGAGGUUCUCCAAUUCGAGGAAGUCCCGGGGCUCUUGGAUGUGCUGCCGAAGAUGCCGGAUCAGGGCCCCAAGCGGACGGCGCUGUCGGGUCUCGCGCUGUUCCUGUCCACGUGCUUGGUGCUUGAGCAACUCAUUUUCCGGUCGUGGCCAGCCUGGCUAGCAGCCGGCCCCGCGUACCUUGCCUGGGUGGCUCUGGAUGACUCGCUGAGGCGUUCUCGCGGUAAAUCCGCGAAGCAGAGGGACGUUUGGAGGGGGCAGUGGGCAGACGUGUGUCGCGGGGACGGGGACCCGGUUUGGAGAAAGAGGGUGGCAGCGAGGCUGCGGGCAAGAAAACUUCGUGGAGACGGCAAUUGAGACCGCAGGAGUCUCACCACGUUUCGAUGCGUGCUCAGGAUAAGGCUGCAGUAGACCUGCUUAAGCCGUCCCUUUGUAGUGCUGCUGUUGACGAAGUUGAAAGAAGCUUUGCUUACGGGUAUGACUGCUGUUGCGAAUUGUUCUGGUGAACAGAGAGUUCCUUUCAGACGGGAACGGUUUCUCGUCGGGGGGAGACAGGGGGCGCCGUUCGGCCGAUACCGAGCCCACUUGUUUAGACCAGUCUAGUAGUCUAGCUCCACUUGGUACCUCUCGCCAGGAGGAACACAAGAAAGCACGGAGUAUGGGUUGGUUGAGGCCUCGCUUGCGUCCGAUGGCUUUCCCGGCAUGCUAUGUAUUCGUCCCGGCGAUCGAUGUGACUUUUCAGAUUUGUCAGACGGACGACGGAGAGGCAGGCAGAGAGCGGGCGGCCUGACUUUCUAGCUCUCGGGCAUGAAUGCUGCUGUACAACAAGAUUGUGGACUUGGUACGUGCUUGUCCCUCUAGCCAGAAGGACCACAAGAAU